AUGUAUAAGGCUAGAAGUUUUAUUGACAAAUCAAUUAAAAGUACUGGAAUUAUCUAUGACAAUCAGUUUUCUAAUCAUUUGUGUGCUUGGGAUGUUAAUUAUCCAGAAAAUCCUCAACGAUAUGAAUCCAUCAUUAAAAGGUGUAAUGAGUUAGGAUUGAUUGAAAGAUGUAUUAAAAUACAAGGUCGGAAUGCUACUAAUGAUGAGUUAUUAAUGAAACAUUCUCAAAAUAUAAUAGACAUAUUAAAAUCUACUGAUGACAUACAAUCAGUUGAUCUUUUACAAACAUUGUCUUCUAAAUUUGAUGCAAUUUACUUUCAUCCGUCAACGUAUAAGCAGUCUUUGUUAGCUACAGGUAGUUCAAUAGAACUUGUUAAAGCAAUUUGUGAAAACAAAAUACAAAAUGGAAUGGCUUUUAUCAGACCUCCUGGACAUCAUGCUAUGAAAUCAGAAUUUUGUGGCUAUUGUUUUUUUAACAAUAUAGCUAUAACUGCAGAAUAUGUUCUUCGUCACUAUUCAGUAUCUAAAAUUUUAAUUGUUGAUUGGGAUGUUCAUCAUGGACAAGCUACACAACAAAUGUUUUAUGAUGAUCCAAGAGUGUUGUAUUUUUCUAUUCAUCGUUAUGAACAUGGACAGUUUUGGCCCAAUUUGCGUCAAAGUGAUUGGGACUAUACUGGUAAUGGUGAUGGCCAAGGUUUCAAUAUAAAUGUACCACUCAAUGCUACUGGCAUGAGAGACACUGAUUACCUUGCUAUUUUUCAUCAAAUUUUAUUGCCUGUCGCUUCAGAAUUUCAACCAGAUCUUAUAUUAAUAUCAUCUGGUUAUGAUGCUGCUCUAGGAUGUCCAGAGGGAGAAAUGGAAGUUACACCUGCAUGCUAUGCUCAUUUAGUUCAUUCACUUAUGGGUUUUGCGUGUGGAAGAGUUGCUGUUUUACUUGAGGGGGGAUAUUGUUUGAAAUCAUUAGCAGAAGGUGCAGCAUUAACACUAAAAUCAUUACUCGGAGAUCCAUGUCCAUCACUCGAUAUGACUAGCAAUCCGUGU